CAUAUCCGGGAAGCUGGAUUUCACUUUGUUGACAUUCCUGUAGCUCAGGUUCCUUUGGUCAACACUCCCGUCUCUGGGGAGAGCAGCUAUGCUCCAGAACUUCUUCUGGUCCAUUCUUCUCCAGAUGGCCAGCGCUGGCUGUGGGUUUCCACAGUCCUGGUGACAAAUCCACGGGCAGCACUGGAAUCUGACCUUGAAGGCAGCAGAUGUUCCUCUAAAAUCUCUUGUGGACCUUUCUUCCCUGAAAAGAACCAGAGCCUGGAUGCUGCUCUGCAACCGUUGUUUCUUCCCACUGUCUCCUCAGAAGGUCCAGCUCUGAGCGGUAUGGCGUGUGUGUGGUUGGUGUGCGCGUGCACGCUCAGUGUGUGCGCCGGGGCUCACGGCGGAUUGGACGGCAGAGGCCACGCCCACCAGGACCAUCAUCACCUGCCGGUUACCAACGGCGACGCGGCCUCAGAUCUGUGCGCCAUAGAUCCGCCGCUCUGUGGCGACCAGAGUUCCCUCCUGAGCUUCGAGGCGAUCCGCAGCAUCCACAAGCUGAUGGACGACGACGCCGACGGCACCGUGGACACCAUGGAGACGGACGAGUUCCUCAGGGAGGACCUGAAGUACCACGACCCCAGAGCCAAACACAGCAGCUUCCACAGGAGCGACCCGCACAUCAGCGUGGAGGACAUGUGGAGCACCUGGAAGGGCUCAGAAGUGUACAACUGGACGGCGCCGCAGGUGGAGGAGUGGCUGGUGGUCUGCGUGGAGCUGCCUCAGUACGCAGAGAGCUUCAGGAAGCACCAGCUGGACGGCAAAGCUCUGCCCAGGCUGGCGGUGAAGAACAUCACGCUGACGGUUUCCCUGCUGAAGAUCCUGGAGCGGAGCCACGCCCAGAAGCUGCAGCUGAAGGCCAUGGACGCUGUUCUGUUUGGACCGCCACCAGGCCGCCAGAACCGCUGGAAGGACCUGGUUCUGGGUCUGUCUGUGCUGAUGGCGCUGGGCGGCUGCUGGUUCGCCUACACCCAGACCAGGAAGUCCAGAGACGACAUGGGGAGGCUGAUGAAGGACCUGGAGGGUCUGCAGAGGGCUGAACAGAGUCUGCUGGACCUGCAAACAAAGCUGCAGCAGGCGCAGGAGGAGCAGCACUGCGUCCAGGUGGAGAAGGUGAAGGUGGAGGAGCUGCUCCAGAGCGAGAUCGACUCGGCCAAGCAGGAAGCUCAGCGGCUGCGUGAGCUGAGAGAGGGAGCCGAGAACGAGCGGAGCCGGCAGAAAUACGCCGAGCAGGAGCUGGAACAGGUACGCAUGGCGCUGAAGAAGGCGGAGAGGGAGCUGGAGUGCCGGGCGGAGUGGGCGCCGCCGGAGGCUCUGCAGAAAUGGCUGCAGCUGACGCACGAAGUGGAAGUCCAGUACUACAACAGCAAGAAGCAGAGCGCCGAGCGGCAGCUGCUGCAGGCCAGGGAGGGGGCAGAGAAGAUCAAGAAGAAGAGGAGCUCGCUCUUCGGGACCUUCCACGUGGCUCACAGCUCCUCUCUGGACGACGUCGACCACAAGAUCCUCUCAGCCAAACAGGCGCUGGCUGAGGUGACGGCGGCUCUGAGGGAGAAGCUCCACCGCUGGCAGCAGAUCGAGUCUCUGACCGGCUUCUCUCUGGUCAGCAACCCGGGUCUGGGCGCCCUGGCCGCCGCCCUCAACCUGGACCCGUCCUUCCUGGGCCUGAGGCCGCCCACGCCUCAGAACCUGCUGCUGUCAGACGACCUGGACGACAUGGACGAGGACAUCCUGUCCCCGGGGACGCUGCAGUACGCAGCCUGGCAAAUGGACCGGCGAGUGAGCGACUUUUGGCCCCUGGGGGCCACCGAGAUGCCAUGGAAACAGUCAGCUCAGAGUCUGAUGCCCUUGCGUCAAAGGGCUGGAGACCCCGGGUCCACCUUUGGCUCUCAGAGGGACCUGACCAGCCGCUGCGACUCUGACGCCACCCUCCCGCUGUCUGCCAGCGAAUCACGAGCGCCGCAGAGCUUCAGGCCGUAUUUUCUGGACUGUAGACCCCAUCUGCUGCAGGGCCACAGCGCCCCCUACAGGCUGGGAGGAGGUCUGGAGAAGAGCUCCAGCCUGGGCGAGCUGAGGGGCAGCUCCGCCGCCACGCUCGCCUCCUCCUGCUCCACGCGCUCCCUCUGCAUCACCUCGGACACGCCCGACGUCUCCUCCUCCUCCGCCUCGUCCAGCUCGUCCGGCAGCGGACAGGGAGCCGGCGUCCAGCCGUCCAACGCCAAGGACAGAGCGGAGGCUCAGGAGGCGUCCGUCAGCCGCAGGAAGAAGGCUUUCUACACCAUCUUCAAGAAAAGGAGAGAAGCUCCUGAAGCUGUGAGCCAGACUUAGACCCUCCUGCUGGGUCAGGAUGGAGCUUCAUCUUCAUCAUGGACAGCCUUCAGUUUCCUCCUGCAGGAGGAGGAAGAGGAGUUAAAACUGAACUUCACACAAAGGAGGAGACGCAGUAAAAACCAAAUCUGUGAAAAACAUUUCCUGCAAAUAGAAAGAUUAAGACAAUAAAACAGAAAAAAAUCCA